CAACCUUAGACUCAUUAAUGGAAGAAGGAAACCUUGGAGAAUUUAAGAACGAGCACAACACUAUUGACUCUCUCUCUCUCUCUUUGAAGUCCCCAUCACAAAGAAAGAAAAAGGAGAAAUAGCAGAGAGAGCAGAGUGACUGGUAAAAGUGCAAACACUCCCCACAGUCCGCCCACCAACCAGAGAACACUCUCCAUCAUCCUCACAUCCCAUUCACAGGGAGUGAACGCCCAACCUGUCCAUAAAUAAACCUCCCCACGAAAGAAAGCCCCACACUUGUCGAUCAUAAAAUUCAUACUUCUCUUCAUUCAUUCUCCCCCAAUUCCCAUUCAAACAACAAUCUCCCUUCCUCCCCCGCCGGCGAUCUGAUUCCCCGCCUGUCGCCGACGCUAGUUACUCCCGUAGCUAGCUCAAUCCCCCCCGCCGGCUACAGUAUGUUCUUCAUUGAUUCUUCCCCCGCUAUUCCUUACUCAGACCCCUUCGUUUUGCUCGCGUUGUUACAAUUCUGCUAUGACCCUGGCCAUGGAUCUGCUGCUGGGUUGUGCAUUCGUUUUUCAAUGUAGGAUUUGCGAUUGAUGUUUUGGAUUGAAGGAAGUUUCUUGGUCUAUUGUCUGAAAGUUUUCAUCUUUGGUUUCUGGGUAUCAUUGGGUUGUGGGGGGAUUCAGAUGGGUUGUGCUUUUCUUAUUUAUUCCUGCUGCUGCUAUAGAAUCCAGUUUGCUGCAAAAUUUAUGGUUACUGUGUCUUAUAAGCUUCGUUGUUACCUGGUGUUGGAACUUGACGUGGGAAGAUUGGUUAUCUGCAGGUUCUGCUUUGUGCUUUUCUCUUUAAGCAUUCCACGUCAUGGCAGAUCUGAAGUCAAUGUUCAUGAAGGUUUAUGAUACCCUGAAGAAGGAUCUCCUGGAAGACCCUGCCUUUGAAUGGAGUCCUGAUUCUAGUCAAUGGGUUGAAAAGAUGUUGGACUACACUGUGCCUGGAGGGAAGUUGAACCGGGGAUUAUCCGUGGUUGACAGCCUCAAAUUGUUGAAAGAAGAAGAAGACCUAACUGAAGAUGAAAUCUUUCUUUCCAGCACCCUUGGUUGGUGUAUUGAAUGGCUUCAAGCAUACUUUCUGGUACUUGAUGACAUCAUGGAUGCCUCUCACACUCGUCGUGGUCAACCUUGUUGGUUUAGGCUGCCUAAGGUUGGUAUGAUUGCAGUUAAUGAUGGUAUUCUGCUGCGGAACCAUAUUCCUAGGAUGCUCAAGAAGCACUUCAGGAACAAGGAUUACUAUGUGGAUCUCCUGGAUUUGUUCAACGAGGUGGAGUUUCAAACUGCCCAUGGACAGAUGAUAGAUCUAAUCACAACGCUUGAAGGAGAAAAGGAUCUGUCCAAGUAUACUGAGUCACUCCACCGAAGAAUUGUCCAGUACAAGACAGCUUACUAUUCCUUUUACCUCCCUGUUGCUUGUGCAUUGCUGAUGGCUGGUGAGAAGCUCGAAAACCAUAUUGAAGUGCAGAACAUUUUGGUUGAGAUGGGAACCUACUUCCAAGUGCAGGAUGAUUAUUUGGAUUGCUUUGGUGAUCCUGAGACUAUUGGCAAGAUUGGAACAGACAUUGAAGAUUUCAAGUGCUCAUGGUUGGUGGUAAAAGCAUUCCAACUUAGCAAUGAAGAACAGAAGAAACUGUUGCUCGAGAACUAUGGCAAAGCUGAUCCAGGCAAUGUUGCCAAAGUGAAGGCCCUCUACCAUGAAUUGAAUCUCCAGGGAGUCUUCGAGGAGUACGAGAGCAAAAGCUACGAGAAAAUAAUAACCUCCAUAGAAGCUCAUCCCAGCAAAGCUGUGCAAGCAGUUUUGAAGUCCUUCCUGGGCAAGAUUUACAAGAGGCAGAAGUGAGAAGCAGAGAGAUACACCACUCCAGAUCUCCAUUGCAGAGAUGAGAGGGCUACUUGUCUUGCAAGUCUGUAGCUUUUGUUGUAUUUGUAGGGUUUUUUUUUUUUUCCUUCUGAUUUCCCAUCUAUCUUUGUUUCUUUCGAAUAGUUCCAAUAAACCCAUAUUGUUGUUCCCUAAUUUUCCACUCUAACAAACUGGAAAAGUAGGCAAGCUUUCCUUCUUUAAGUCUUCUUCUUCUUUGACUACCUUAGCUAUGGAGCUUUCUUGAGUCUUGGCAACAACUUGGCCCUUGUUGCCAUAUUUCUUGAGGCCUCAACCUCUGCACUGAAGUGGUUCAGUUGAUAAGAACCUGUUAUUGCCCAUCAUCAUUUCCCAAAAUCUCAGACCAAUUAGUGUUUGCUCAUUUGAAGAACGUCCAUAUCCAAAUCCAAAAUGCUUUCACGGUUCUUGCCAUCAUUUGACAUAUUCUGUUAUACUAAUAUAACUAGUAUUCCUUUUCCAUGUAUCUGGGUUGCAGCAGAAUUCAGACGCCAUUGCUGCAUAUGUAUCAUCAGAUUCCAAAUGCAAAGGCUCCAUAGCAAAAACACAAUCAAGAGAGAGCAAGCAAAUACAUGUACAGAAACACA